ACCUGACAGAACCCGGAAGCAGAGCAUAAUAAGCCCAGCCAUAUGACAUUUCUGUUUUUCUACGUUAUCGAUAAAGAAAGCAACCUGUGUGCCGGACCGACAUCUUAAUUUAAAAUUUCACACAACAUGGUGCAGUGUUUCCUAAUUCACACAACCGGUCCAGUAAGCACUCUGGCGCCCGGAGAGUGUCGCGUACUAUACUCCCGAGUGUUUGGACCGGAGGAAAGCGCAUCGACCGUAGAGGACGGUAAACUGGAACCAGAACAGAGGCGGCUUCUGCAGAAGGAGAAGGUGUCUGUCGUGGCCCGGCAGGUGUGUAGUGCCGUGACCCUAUCCCGGGAGGCUUCAGGGCGGGUGUUGGUAGAGGCCGUACUGGGCGACGAGCUGGUGGCCCUUCAGGAUGCUGACUGUGGGGUGCAGCGGCUAGGGAGAGGUGAGCCCUGGGCUGGGGAGAGAAGUGCCCUGUGGCUGGCAGUUCAGGGACUGGCCUUCACGCUGGUGACAGAACCCCAUGAGAACCUCCUGUUGGCUGAGGGAACCCUGAAGAACAUCACCAGACACUGUCUGGAACACCUCCGCAUGCUGGGGCCUGGGAGUGAGGUUCUGCUGAAGAGUGACCGCAUUGAUGUUCUGCUGCACCGUCUCGUCCCCCAUGGUCAGCUGCUGUUUGCCAAUCACCGCUUCACCCAAAGUCUGGAGAAGGAUCUGGCCAAUUACAUGGCCAAGUGAGGCCGACGCCUGGGUGAUUUUCUUAGGAGGAGGUGUUUCAAAACAUUUAGCACCGGACAGAAAAACAGAGUUUCCUUGGAGUUCUGAAGGCAGCUUCCUGUUCUGUUUUGACCCGUGGAAGAACAUCUGGGAAUUUUCGGGGACACACACAUUCUCAGGGUCAGGACCUACAGCAUUGAGCAACAGUGGGUGGUGUUCACACAUCCAGAUCCUACUAUACACAAUAGCAGCCUCAUUGUUUUGCUUUCUAACAAGAGGUUCAUUUACAAAUCACAUCCUGUAAUGUACUUUACCGGUGGACAAUACUGUUCCUACAUAUGUCCACUAGAGGGCAGUGUUUGACCAGGCAUUAGAAUGCCUAGCUACCCCAAUGUAGAAAAUGGUAUGGGUCUUCCCAUUCAAGACAUUGGGUAAAACCCUGAUCUUCUCUUUCCCCUCGGCCCUCCGUUUACGUAUUCACGUGCGCCUCCACCAUAUGCAUGAGUGUCCCAAAUUGAGAGAGUGAGAAUGAAAGAGGGUAGUUGGGCUAAUUAGUCUCUAAAGAGGCCCCUUCAAGGGAGACUUCAACGAUGCAGCCUCCACAAGCGAACGGCAAUCCCAUAAGGCACCAUGUUUGUUUUUCCACUGAAAAUAACGCAUAGGGCUGCAUAAUUAUGUGACAUGUUUUGUUUGUCUGAAUUCAAGCCUUAACACAUGUAAAAAAAGAUGAAAUGCCCGCAAAAUUAAAUGUUUCGGCUGUAUCUGAGAUUUAUACGUUUCUUGUAAAACGAACAAAACGAUUUGUUCAUUUAAAUGUGGUGCUCGUUUCAUUAUUUGAAAAAGUGGAACAUGGAUUGCACCUUCCAAGUCAUGAGUGCGUCCCAAAGUUGAUUAGUUUAUUGAUUCCCUCGCCAUUCUCUUGAACUUCCAGAAGCACCUGAGAUAGCUUAACAUACGUUCAAUUUGAAAUGUACUUACCUACAGGCCACCGUAUCUUCAUGGUUAGCUUCAGGCACACGUUUGUCUUGUGGUAAAUUGUUGGUAAAGUAAAUAACAAUGUACAAUGGCUCUCAGAAGUAUUCACGCUCCUUGGACUUAACCGCAUAUUAUUGUUACAACAUGAAAUCAUUAUUUUCUUUCACUGAACACUGCAGAAAAGGCCCACAACGACAUAGUGUGAAAAACAAUCUACUAAUUCUUCUAACGGAAUUCCAAUUUCAGACCUACAGGUCUGUCAUCAUGGAUAGAGUUAAUCAUUUCUGAGUAUAGUUAUUUUCAUAGAAACCAAGGGCAGGGGUUGAAUACCUUUGAGAGCCACUGUAUGCAAUGUCAACAGUAAAAUAAUGCAUCUUUAGUCUACACUUUCUGCUGUGUUUUGUGCUCUGCCAUGAUGAAUGAUGACGAGCGACAAAACGAAACAAUAUUCUUUGACAGUUCGUCAUGAAUGCUGCUAGCAAAAUACCUGAAAAAGUAUGCUGUGAUGUGAACCUCAUUUUCCAGACCUCCCACGUACACGACCAAACGUCCAGCAACAAUUACACACUUGUCAUUUCGCCUUCUUAGGGUUGGAAUCACUCUUCAGCAAUGACAAGAAGUGUACCUAUUGAUCCGGGCUGUGAUUUGUUGAAUCAAUUAUACUCACGACAAAUACAUUUCAUGAUGUGUAUUACCUCAGAUAAUGUCAUUAGAAUGAUCCAUCUACCACGGGAAUGAUUUAUUGCGUCACAAAUGCUUGCCGUAGAUUUGGUGAUGAGGCAGUUCAAUGAAAGGCAGGCCAUGGAACAGAGAAGAUGAACAACCAGUCCCACAAGUCAUCUUCCUCUUGUGUUUCCAUGACAUUUCCAUUGUUUGGUUGGAGUUCUAUUAACCUCUAUCGUAUCUAUGCCCAAGGUUAGCGGUUCCAAGCCAUUCUGUUCAUUUGUAAUUCUGUCUUGGCCACGUUCCGGCACUGGAAUGUUCAGUGAAUCAUAUUUAUAUUAUAAGCAGUAUGUAAAUGUAUAUAAAUGUGUUUAGUGUAUGCAAGUGGAAGUGUUUUAACAGAUCGGAUGUACAGUAUCUGUAUUGCUACUUAGAUCAGAAUAUGGAUGAGGUCAACAAUGUUUAGGUGUUCUUAGAGAGUAGUAGUGCCCUUGUCGACUGUUUCUGUGUUGAGCGUGAUUCUUCAUUGAGAGUGUUUUUUGUGUUGAGUGUGGUUCUUCGUUGAGAGUGUUUCUGUGUUGAGUGUGUUUCUGUGUUGAGAGUUUUUCUGUGUUGAGUGUGUUUCUGUGGGUUUUAAUGUGAUAGGAUGCGUGUGUAUGAAUUGUGAAUCUAAAUAAUUGUGUUUGUGUGUGAUCUGUCAUGGAAGGAUGGGUUAUGAACGCUGAGUCACAUCCAGUCACCGACCAGACAGGAAGUGGUGCUGUGUCUGUGUGUCUGGGAUGAUGAUUCGUCACACUCCAUCACCUUCAGACUCUUUCCUCUCUCUCCUCUAUGCUCUCUCUGUCCCUCUACACAUUCCACCCUAUCACCCUCUUCACAGAACCAGUUUAUAAAAUAACUUGGCUAUUGUAUACCAGAGAGCCUCACUUUCAGGAUUUCAUUUCUCUUUUCUACAAGCCCAUUAAAUGCCACCCAGACUAUUGUUUGGUUUACUGUGCAGUGUGUGUGCGUGUGUGUGUGUGUUCAGACGAU